UUCAGUCUCCCGGAAGUAGCGGCAAUGUUUACAAACCCGCGAAACACGUGAGAGAUUGACAGCGCUGUGUUAACAACAUGAGGGUUGUCGCGUUGAUAAGUGGAGGUAAAGACAGCUGUUAUAACAUGAUGCAGUGUGUAUCUGCCGGACACACUAUAGUGGCUCUCGCCAACCUCAUGCCUCACAAACAUGUUGGUUCAGAUGAACUGGACAGUUAUAUGUAUCAGACAGUCGGACAUCAGGCGGUGGAUCUAUACGCCGAAGCCCUUGAUCUGCCCCUGUACAGGCGCACUAUUGAGGGCUCCAGUCUGCACACGGGAAGAGAAUACAGUCAGAGCGAUGGAGACGAGGUGGAGGACCUUUACCAUCUCUUACAGCUUGUCAAGGAAAAGGAGAAUAUCGAGGCGGUGUCUGUGGGGGCGAUCCUGUCCGAUUAUCAGAGAGUACGUGUGGAGAAUGUGUGUGCACGACUGCAGCUGCGACCGCUGGCGUAUCUGUGGCGCAGAGAUCAGGCUGAGCUCCUCAGAGAGAUGAUAUCCAGCGGACUCAACGCCAUCCUCAUCAAAGUGGCAGCCAUCGGACUGGAUCCAGAGAAACAUUUAGGAAAGUCACUGGAUCAGAUGGAGUCCUGUCUGCAAGAGCUUUCACAGAAGUAUGGAGUUCACAUCUGCGGUGAAGGCGGCGAGUACGAGACCUUCACCACGGACUGUCCGCUCUUUAAGAAGAAGAUCGUCAUCGACUCCAUGGAAACUGUCAUCCACUCGGCUGAUGCCUUCGCUCCGGUGGGUUACCUGCGCUUCACACAGAUGCACACGGAGGUCAAAUGUCAGGACUCUGACGGCCGGCCGGUGGCUCUCUGGAAAUGUCCUUGCCAGAACACCAUUGACAGAAUGAAGGAGGAGCUGACAUCUGCUGGAGAAGAUCCAGACGUCCUAGAAGAUUGUCCGUCAAACACAGAGAGCUGCUACGGUGGACGGUCUUCAGCGUCACAGAGGAGUGCAGCGGGUUAUCAGUGGAUAACAGGACUGACCGACCCACACGCAGACGUCCAGAGUCAAACCCGACACGUUUUCACACUCCUGCAAAGUGAAGUGCAGGCGAGAGGUUUGCUGUUGGAUGAUGUUGUUCUGGUUCAUCUGUACGUCAGCGAUCUGCAGAACUUCAGUCUGAUCAACUCUGUGUACUGCAGCUUCUUCAAACACAAUCCACCGGCCAGGGUCUGCGUUCAGGUCCCUCUCCCCGUCCAGCAGUUUCUCAGGGUGGACGUUCUGCUUCACCACCGGACGGCAGUUUGUGAGGACGAGGAGAGAUUUCACCGGAGAGAUGUUCUUCACGUUCAGGGUCUGUCUCACUGGGCUCCGGCAAACAUCGGCCCCUACAGUCAGGCUGUGCGGGUGGAUGAAGUUGUGCUGUGUGCGGGACAGAUCGCUCUUGUACCCUGUACCCUCCGGCUGGUGGACGGAUGUGUGGCUCUUCAGACUCGACUCUGUUUCAGUCACAUGGAGAAAGUCCUGAACGCCGUGGAUUCAAACCUCACGCUCAAUCACGUGAUUCACAUUCACAUAUACGUCACACACCGUAAACACAUCGCCACCGUCAUGACCGCCUGGAGGAGAAAACUCCACAGCAUCCGGCUGGACCGUGAGGAGGCGGAAGCUCAGAUUCAAACCAGCGUUGCCGUGGUGUCGUCUUUACCUCGAGGAGCCGCCGUUGAACCGCAUGUCAUAGCCGUCCUGGAUGAACCCAGUGACAGAACUUCCUGUCACAUGACAUCACAGAUAGCGGGCGGCACCGUUGAGUGGGACGUACUGCAGUCCAGCUGCGGCCGAUAUGCCACGGCGUCUGUGUCCUUGUGUUUGAGAAACCCAGCGGCCGAGCUGACGAGAGCGGAGGACAUCAUGGAUGCUCUGGUGUCUUCAGUCCAGGACGCUCUUGAGAAGACGGAGAAGAAUGUCUCAGCGCUGUGCGCCAGAGUUUUCUAUCAGAGCCACAACGCAUCGCUCACAGAGAUGGCCACAGGGUUUGAGAGGCGUCUGAGGAAGGUUCUGGAGCGAUCGGCUCCUGCGGUGGCUCUGGUUCCCGUUCACCAUCUGCCCGAGCGUUGUGUUCUUCACAUGUGCUGCUGGAUGAGCGUUUAGUGCCGAGCUUUUAGAGCUUCACCUGACAACACCAAUCAAUGUUAUCAUCUGGAAGUCAGCUCUAAUGUCUGACGCUUUAGUCUUGUGGACAGUAUUUCUUGUGUCUAAUGUUGUUGUACGGAGGAGUGCGAGCAGGAACAGCCGGUGUUCACUACCCUUCUCACUUCAUGAAGUCGCUACAGAAGCUGUUCGAAGAACAUCAGAAGAUUUCACAGACACACAGAAACUGUGAAUUACACGAAAUGAUUCUGUCAAACAUUCACCUGCACGUGACUCAAUAAAUCUCAGUUAAAUCAACUUGAUAAAUGUCAAUGAGUGCUUAAAAAGUCUUCGACCCACUUCAUUUUCUCACAUUUUCUUAUGUUGCUGCCUUGUGUUAAACUAAUUCAAAAGACUUUUUUCCAUUUCAAUCCUCACUCCAUACACCAUAAUGUCGGAGCAAAAAACACAGAUUUGUGACAACUUCGCAAAUUUAUGAAAAAGAACAAAACUGAAAUAAGAGCAUUGCAUCAUUAUUCAUCCCCUUUUCCGGGACACUUGAAAUUGAGCUCGGAAUCAUUCCAGUUUUGCUUGUUGAUGUUCCUACACCUCGACUGGCACUUUCAAUUGAACGAGUGAUUUGUAAAGGCAUGCACCUCUCAAUAAAAGGUCGAAUAGCUGAAAAUACAUAUUAUUUUAUUACAUAUUAGAGCAAAAAUCAAGCCAUGAGGUCAAAAGAACUGCCAGUAGAGCUCUGAGACGUGAUUAUAUCAAGACAGAUCUGAGGAAGACUAGGAAUAAAUUCUGCUGUAUUGAAGGCUCCAUUAAGCAUGAAUAGAAGUUUGAAUAACACUUUACUUCAAGCCUUUAUGCAUAAUGCAUUAUAAAGGGUUAUUAAAGGGUAUGGUGCAUUAUAACUGUGUGUUGUAAUACAUUAAAUGUUGUUUUAAAGAAUUAUAACCAAAUGAAAAAUGCAAAGUGUAUAUUGCGUUAUGAUGUAGUAACUGUAGUUACAAAUAUUCAUGAGAUAUUACAAUGCAUUAUAAGGUGCAUUACACAUCAAAACUACUUUUAUAGACCGAUUCAUCGGACACGCGCACGCCUGACCCCCGUUAACUUCCGGUCUGUGUUUGGCUAGUGUCUAAUGAUAUAACUAUUUAUAUUUUAUUUAAUUUAUGUUCAAAUAAAUGUAUAUGAUUAUUUUAUUCUAUAAUAAUUGUUUUAAAUAAAAGACUUGUUGAAUUUUGUUGCAUGUUCAUUUGAUGAAAUAAACAGUUUGUUGAUUGGGUCCUGUAGUUCGGU